AUGUUCAACAUCGACGACUUCGGCAUUGCAUGGUACACGCACACGCGCGCCCAUUUCGCGUCCAAAUUCAUGCAGGGCCCCCGCCCCGCGAUGUACAAGACCGUCGCGCCCGCGUUGACGGACCCGACGUUCAUCUACAUAUGCGGCAACACCGCGUCGAGCUGCAUCCUCGCGCACAUCCGCGCGGCGAGCGCGCCGCCCGUCGUGCAGACGAACGACCACCCUUUCAUAUUCGGGCGGCACAGCUUCAUGCACAACGGCACCGUCUCGAACUUCCGCAGCAUCAUCAGCAGGGAGAAUGUUGGGAUGAUCCGGGCAACUCGGACAUGGAGCACGUCGCGGCGUGUACUUCACGCACCUUGGGGACACGGCGGUCACGCACUCGAUCGAGCUUGACUGACGCCUCCUCCGACCAUUUCUAAGUACUACUACCAUCACCAUCCCCACUCAGCAAAAGUCGUGGGCCGUUAACAGCGGCGAGCCUAGUUAGGAACACCCUAGGUACCUUGUUUACUCAGCACGGUCGAUCGCGCGCUUAUUUGUUCAAAGCACGCUGACGUGCCGCGAUCCAUAUGUCCUAUAAUGUACGGUGCGUUUAGCAGGUCAAGUGCAUCGUGAGUAAUCCCUUUCGUACCCUUAUGCAAAUCGCGUUACUGUACCAGAGCUCUGAAAGUAUUUUUAUCGAAUGCCGUAGCUGCCGGGCACUGCAGAUAGCUGCUGAGCACUGCAGAUAACUGCUCUCAAUGCGCCAUCGACUAAUGUUAAUCCUCACGGUAUUGUCUGCCUAUAUAACCGAACUUCUACAUUAACUAAAGCCGCUUAUUCGCUUAUUCGCUAUGUUCAA